GCCUUACUGGCUUUAAUGUCCUGUCUAGAUUCCUGUAGCCAACUAAAAUGUAGGUUACUGUGUCUUCUCGUGUUUAUGUGCACAGGAGAGAAACUGUUGCUCACUGUCGGGCUGGAUGUGUGUUUUAUAGGGGAAAGACUUGGGGAACACGCCCUUUGCUUGUGUUGCUUUACCUGUGUGAAAGAAAACGCUUUCAACUUCAUUUUCAAUGCCCUCAAAACUGCGGUCACACCGACACCACGGCUCAAACCCAGUCUGGGGGAAGUUAAACUGUAUUUCUGCAUUUUUUAUUUAUUUUUUUUCUCCCCGCUGCAGUUUUUAUUUUUUAAUUUUUUUAUUUUUCACACCGUCGGUUCCGUUAAACAUCCGUUUCAUUCGCUGUUGCUGAAGCAGAAAACUGACGGAGCCGCUGGGAGACCGAGAGAAAAAGUGAACUAUGUUUCGUACGGUUGACUGGAUCCGCAUUACCCCGGCUGGUGCACCGCGGCUCAGCUGUGAACUGUAACCUGCGGCGGCACAGAGUUGACGCGGACGGAUACACUGUAGCUCUCCAAGCCUCCUGAAAACAAUUAGCACCCACCACCCCUCAGAAAUAAAAUUAAAAAGAAAGAAAGAAAGAAAGAAGUAGAGUGGACACCAGUUUGUAAAAAAAAAACCCCACCGUGCUUUGUUUGUUUUUUUGUUCGUUUUUUUUUUUUAAAAGUAGUCGCACAAAUAGGUUUCAGAGGUGAAGGAGAGCAAGAGGUGAGGUGAGGUGGGAGGAGGAGGGGGGGCUCUCGAGGCCACGGUGAAACCAGGGAGUUUCCUGCCUCUAGGUCCGCGUGCCUGCCGGGUCACAGGUAGGCGCUGGGCGGGUAAAACCUGCUCUGGAGCUCCACCAGAGACACUUCAAAGUUGAUGUUUCCUCACCGGGCGCCCCCAGGGUCGCUUUCAAGCCUGACUGCUGACAGCUCGCCACCUCUGCCAGCCUCCUGAGCGAGUCCAUCCGUCGCUUCCAGCUCAGCAAGACAAGCACGCAAGCCUCCGCCGCGUCUGCCAGCGGUCGAGCAGAGCGGCCUCCGUGUGGCCCCCCCCCACCCCGGCCCUCCCCCCCUCCCCUCCCCCCUCUGGGCAGGACUGCAUCACCAUGGACACGGAGUCCACCUACUCGGGCUAUUCCUACUACUCCGGACGCUCCCGGGGAUCCCACAGGCACGGGGAGCGAAGCCGCGACCGACACAAGUCCCGCAGUAAAGACAGCCGCUCGGAAAAGUCUGUGACCAUCAACACGCCGCCCGCGGAGCCGCUGCUGGGCGACUCGACCGUUCGGGGGGAGCAGGUCCAGGAUGACAACUGGGGCGAGACCACCACCGCCGUCACCGGCACGUCCGAGCACAGCCUCUCUCAGGAGGACAUCGUCCGCAUCACCAAGGACCUGGAGGACAGCGUGGGGCUGGACUGCCGCCGUUACUUCACCCUGACCUUGGCUGUGAUCCUGGGGCUGCUGGUGUUUCUGACGCCGCUCGCCUUCCUCGUGCUCCCACACCUCCUCUGGCCGGAGAGGCUGCAGAGCUGCGGCACGGCCUGCGAGGGCCUGUUCAUCUCCGUGGCCUUCAAGCUGCUCAUACUGCUGCUGGCCGUCUGGGCGCUCUUCUUCAGGCCGCCGCGGGCCGGCCUCCCGCGGGUCUUCGUCUUCAGGGCGCUGCUCGCCGUGCUGGUGCUGCUCUUUGUGAUCUCCUACUGGCUGUUCUACGGAGUGAGGAUACUGGACUCGCAGGACGAGAACUACCAGGGAAUCGUGCAGUACGCCGUGUCGCUGGUGGACGCGCUGCUCUUCAUCCACUACCUGGCCAUCGUCCUGCUGGAGCUGCGGCAGCUGCAGCCGUGCUUCUCCGUGUGCGUGGCGCGCUCCACGGACGGAGAGACGAGGCACUACAACCUGGGACAGCUCAGUAUUCAGCGGGCAGCUCUCGCCAUCUUAGAGCACUACUACUGUGACUUCUCAGUCAAUAACCCGGCGUUGCUCUCCGCCUCCAAGACCCGCGCCGCCAAGCACCUGGCCGGCCUCAAGGUCUACAACGUGGAUGGUGAGUUCCCAGCAGCCCCAGCUGAGGGCCCGGGGAACAAUGCGGCGACGGGACUGGCCCACUCCCAGUCCAGAGCCAUGAUCGCGGCCGCCGCCCGCCGCCGAGACUCCAGCCACAACGAGCUGUACUACGAGGAGGCCGAGCACGAGCGGCGUGUCCGCAAACGCAAAGCGCGACUCGUGGUGGCGGUAGAGGAGGCGUUCACUCACAUCAAGCGCAUGCAGGAGGAGGAUCAGAAGAAGGCUCCGGGGGACGUGAUGGACCCGCGGGAGGCGGCGCAGGCCAUCUUCCCCUCCAUGGCUCGGGCCCUGCAGAAGUACCUGAGGACCACCAAGCAGCAGCACUGCCACAGCAUGGAGAGCAUCCAGCAGCACCUGGCCUUCUGCAUCACCAACAACAUGACGCCCAAGGCGUUCCUGGAGAGCUACCUGACCCCGGGCCCCACCCUGCAGUACAGCCGGGACCACUGGCUGGCCCGGCAGUGGACGCUGAUCAGCGAGGCGUCGGUCACCAGCGGCCUGAAGGACGGCUCCGUCUUCCUGCUCAAGUGCGUGGACUUCAACCUGGUGGUGACAACGAAGAAGAUCCCUUACAUCCAGAUGUCGGAGGAAUACAUCGACCCCAAGUCACACAAGUUCGUCCUGCGGCUACAGUCCGAAACAUCUGUGUAGGACGUUUCUUUUUCUUUUCUUUUUCUUUUUUUUCUCGCUCUCAAAUGUUUUCAUUUUGGGUUUGCAGUUUUUAUUUUUACUUUUUUGGAGUUUUUAUAUAUUAUAUAUGAAUCUAUAUAUAUCACACACGUUUGAAUACAUUGAUUUUUUUUUUUUUUAAUGUUUGAUUUGGACGAAAAGAAGAAUCGUCGCAGGAGCUCGGACACCUCGGACAUGGACUUGCGUGCACAUACAGUAUGAGUGAGUGUGUGUGAAUGUGUGUGUGUGUGUGUGUGUGUCACAAUCAUUCGUUCCUUUUGUGUUUGAGAUGCUGGAGUCGAACGAGACGGAAACACUCCUGACGUCCUCACAGAGACUUUUUUUUUGUCUCGGUCUCUCCUUUAUUUCCAUGGGACGGACAGACGGACGAACCACUAAGGACGACCUCGCUGUGACUCUGAUGUUCGAUGUUUGAAGCUCGAUUGGAAACGCGUGACAGAUCUCACCUGUGCCGCCGUCUCGUCUACAACAUUUGAAAGUACGCGGACGUUUUCAGGCGUCAACAGAUUGAGAAUGAACUGGAUUUAUUUCUCUUGAAAAACCAAAUUAAAUGCAUUUGACAAAACAAUGAAACCAAACUUCUAUCAGAUUUUGCAUUAAAUGCACAUUCAUGUAUGUUUGUAAAUGCCUACAAAGGUUGGAAUAUAUGAUCUCAUCAGGAUCUCGGACUGUUCUCCUCUCCUCAUCACUACUUCAGGACGUCUGCAGCGACGCUUGAGACUCAGACUCCCGACAUUUCCUGCUAGUUUUAGCAGCAGAAGUCGGACGCUUUGGGGCUCCAGGUGCGAUGGAGCCGCAUCAGGAAAAUACUUCCACCCCAGCUGGGAACAACACACGCAUGCUGUGUUGGGCUCGGGAUGAAGCAGACCAUGAGAGAUGCACAGAGACGGAAACGUGCCCAAAAACAUUUGCCCUGCCUCAUCGCUUCAGUGACCUUCUCAGGGCUUUCAUGUCCGCCGGAGCCGCCUGACGUGAUGGAGAGGGAAGGCGGCGAGGAGGAGAGACGCAGCCACGAUGUCAAAGAUAAAAAAGUACUACUGAUCACUCCAGACCAGACUGCGGGUUACUGUCUGUUCUCAGUGGAUGUGUCUACGGCAUAUUUAGUAUAAUGCACAUUUCCACAACAACAGAAUCUUAUUUUCUUGCUCUCAGUCUCGACAGACCACCUGUGAGGUUUGUUUGUUUUUCACAUUAAAAGCCUACCUGUAAAAAGAAGGAAUGCUGCUACACUUGACCGUGAAACAGGAAACACAAGAGAGAGAGAGAGAGAGAGAGAGAGAGAGGUAUGACAUGCAUCAAAGAUCAUCAAAACCAUUAGGCUACUCGCCCGCCCCAGGCUGAGAUCAUUUUAAUGUGAAAAUCCUGGAGGAAGCGUUUAAGUUUCUUCACAUUGUUUUGGCUUGUGGAAAUAUUCAUUAUACUCAGUUUAAAUGAGAAGUAAAGAGCAGUUCCUCCCUCCCACUGGUUUGAGAACUAGCAGCGUUUCUAAAGUCUAAAGUUUCGCUUGUAUCACUAGAAUAUUUAAUAGAUGAUAAUGAAUCAGCACGAAGAGGGUGGAACCUCCUUCCCGACUGGAUCGUCCGGUUUGUCCCGCACUACCUUGUCUCACCUCUGUUGGAUCCCUCGAGGACGGAGACGCUUCUUCGCUGGAAGACUGGAUCACCUGAUGACUCGGCCGUUUCCUGUAAAGCCAGAGAGAGAGAGAGAGAGAGAGAGAGAAAACACAGUCAAACGAAGCUAAUGGCACUAAAGUGACACUUUGUAAGAUGCGGUCUGAUUCGACUUCCCAGUAAAUUCACCUGGUGUGUUCAAGGGUUCACACCGAGCGUCUCACUCUGGAGGAGGAAGAAGGCGUCAUGAGAACAAUGUCCUCUGUGUGUCGGAGCAGGGUUGUCGCCUGCUGCCCCCUGGCUGGUAAACGUAAUAUUGUCACUCUGUCUGCCUGAGGGGGGGGGAGACAUGUUUUCAUAUGAAACAUAAAGCAUUCUGUCGCUGUAAACUUGUAACUGUUAAUCUGUCUGGAAAAAAACAACAACAAACAAAACAACAAAAAAACAAACACUUUUUUUUUAAGCACCUGGUCGUUUGUUUUGUACCUACUGACAGAUGAACUUUGUAUGAUCCCAAUGUGACUGUGCCUCCUGUUUUUACACUGUAUCUAUUUAUGUAAACAAGCGUGUGUGUGUGUGUGUGUGUGUGUGUGUGUGUGUGUGUAUGUAUGUAUGCCAUUCCAGUUCACAUGACCAGCCCCCCCCCCCCUCUUCAUCACCACCGUCUGUCAUGCCGUCGGCAGGUUACAGUCCGAUGUCACUUGGUUUGUUUUUGUUUUUGUUUUUUUUUGUCGGACGACAAAAGCUUCACGCUGAUCACGUGACACUGCAGUGUGACGGAUGUGUCGGUUUCACAGCAUUAGCAUUUGUAAAAAAAAAUAAAUAAAUGAAUAAAUUAAAAAAAAUAAAACAUUUUUAUGAACAUCUGUA